AACAGGAAUGGGAACACUAAUAAGCGUUGGGAGAAGUAGUUGGUUAGAAUCAAGUUGAAGCCUUGACUACACUACAAUACACCAAACGCACCUUCCUCAACCCCUUGCGACUUGGCGAUGGCGAUGGCCAUGGCAAUGGCGAUUCUCUUCAUAAUCUUCCCCCUCGCCUACUCCAUUCCCUUUAUCGUCCUCCAUGGAAUUGGAGACCAGUGCUCCAAUCGUGGAGUGAAAACUUUCACUGAGGAAUUGAACAGCUUCUCGGGUGUGAAAGGAUACUGCGUUGAGAUAGGCAAUGGAUCAUGGGAUUCAUGGUUUCUGCCUUUGACAGAGCAGACUAAUAUUGUUUGUGAAAAGGUGAAGCAAAUGAAAGAAUUGAAGGGAGGAUACAACAUUGUUGGGCUCUCACAAGGAACUCAUUCCUGUUGGCUCAUUGUGGAAUUUUGUGAAGGAGGACCUCCUGUUAAAAACUUUAUAUCCUUAGCAGGCCCUCAUGCUGGUACUGCUUCAGUUCCUCUAUGUGGUUCUGGUAUCUUCUGCAUCCUUGCAGACAGCCUCAUCAAGGGACAAGUUUACAGUGACUAUAUUCAAGAACACUUAGCUCCAAGUGGAUAUCUUAAAUUACCAAAUGCUAUACCCGAUUAUUUGGAGAAAUGUAGGUUUCUCCCAGUGCUUAACAACGAGAUACCAAGUAAGAGAAAUUUCACUUACAAGGAAAGAUUUAGUAGCUUGAAGAACUUGGUACUUAUCAUGUUUGAGCAAGACACUGUUUUGAUACCAAAGGAAACUUCCUGGUUUGGAUAUUACCCAGAUGGCGAAUUCAACCCAGUUUUACCACCUCAAGAGACAAAACUUUACAUUGAAGACUGGAUUGGUUUAAGAACACUGGAUAAAGCUGGCAGAGUCCACUUCAUUAGUGUUCCGGGAAAACACCUUGGAAUCUCCGUGGAAGAUAUGAAGAAACAUGUAGUGCCGUACUUGAAGGACCACUCAUCGAAGGAAGAUUACACCAGCAAGGCUGGUUUCUCGAGAAUGCGAAAAAUUCUAUCAGAGCACUAAUGAAGCCGCCUUGUUUCGAACAAUGGAGGUAUAACCAUCAGCUUAAGCAUAAGUAAAUAGAUCAUUGCCAUACUGGUGGCCUUACAUUGUACAUCAUACAUGGUUUCAUUGGUUAAUUGAUUGAUUGGCAACAACGAAGAUCAGUGUCUAACCAAAAGGGAGGUCAUCCUAUUAUACUUGAUGAUUGUUGUACACCAUUUGAAAAAUUGUAGGAAAAUGUGUUUGAACUGAUAUUUGCACCAAAUUACACUACAAGAGUAUACUACUUAUUGAUUGGGAUUGGUGGCCAAGUAUUUCCAUGAUUAAUUCAUAGCAAAAAAGUCCAUUAUCAUCUACUGUAGUUUAGAAAGCAAACUUUUUCACGAUUUCAAUAAGGCAAUAGUAGACCUUAUUAUUAAAAGUUAGCUUUUUGACAUUCAUAAUCACAAGGGUUGGUUGAAGGACAGCACCACCUACCAUGUAGCUAAUUUACUCACAUUGGUGAUAUAUUUUCUUGCUUAUUAUGAGUCAUUUUUAUUUUACCCAUAAAA